AUGUCAUAUCCACAUACUGCUGAGUCUAUUCAUCAAUUUCUUAUUUAUAAAUGCAUAGAAUUCAUUCUUGAAAAUAAGAUUGUGUAUGCUAUUAUCAGUAAUAGCUUCAAUAUAGUAAAGGCUAUUAGGUUGUGGAAUACUAUUCAACAAGAAAGAUUAGAGAAAGCCUAG